GUUAUACCCGAAAGGCUGUAAAGAAGUGGGUUGCUCGUAUAGGGAGACCCCCUAUUCCAGCAAAGUGGGAGGUAGUACUGACAGUGACCGAACUUGAAACUGCAUUCCAAGAUCCCCUUACGCCAUCCCGCUACGUCAUCAGAGACACUGUGAGACGGGGAAUAAAGAUGAAAGUCUGGGGCGUGGUAUUCAGUUGCAUGGCUUUGAGAGCAAAGCAUGCUGACAUUGUGGAAGUUCCAGACUCUCCUCUACCUGGCCGCUAAUCCGUCAAACAAAGGACCAAUUGGCGCGAGAGCCCAGGUACAAAACAAGACUGUAAGAGUCAUCACUCCCAACUCACUUCUGCUUGGCCGUGCUGGGCCUAGCGGGGACUCUCGAGGGGUUGUGCGCCUGACUUACCCCGUUCUGCGCCUAAGAGCGGUCUAGAUCGAGGUCGACAAGUUCUGGAAGCGGUGGAGCCAACUGGCAGGCCCAAGCCUCUUCGUUCGACAGAAGUGGCACACACUCGCUAGAAAUGUCACAGUGGGGGACUUAGUGUGGUUGGCUGACCAGAAUGCACUGAAAGGCCAGUUUAGGCUUGGUCGAGUUGCGGAAGCUCAUCCUGAUGUGAAAGGCGUAGUACGAGACGUGAAAGUGAGGACGUGCCAAAGUUGUCCAGUUUUCGGCGGACAGAGUAAGAAAGGCAAAGGGAUGGAGAACUGCCCCUUCACCAUCCAUCACAGAGGUGUCAGGAGGCUGGUGGUUCUGUUGCCAGUGGAGGAACAGAAAUAGAUUCCCCACCACAUGAUGGUUUCUGGAUCCAUCCAGAAAUCCCCAUCACGUGGUGUGUUUCGGCAAAGUAUCAAGAACCCCCCUCCACCACCCUCCACGAGUACAUCAGGAGGUUGGUGGUGUGUUUUGGUAAAGGAUGCCACUGUGUCAUCAAGGACAAUGUGUUCAUGGACAGUGAAACCUUUAUUUGUCAUGUGUAUCUGUUAUCCAUAUUGUGUAGAACUUUCUAGCAGGCAAAGCUAUUUAUCUUUCAUUCUAUUAUCUGUUCAUUGCUGUAAUUGGUAUCAAAGCACCGUUGCCUUUAAAGUGCCUUUAAGGUGCAUUGUCAAAGCCAUGUUUUGUUAUAUAUUAACCUUCGUAUGUGCCUUUGAAAAUCUAUCAUCAGAACCUGUACGACUUGUCGGUUUUACUAACUUACUAACUGUCUAACUAACUAACUGACUGCUGUCUAACUGCUGUUUAACUGUGUAUGUGGAAUAAACCUUCAGAAAGACAGUCGAGUUGUACCCGCCGUACUUGUUCUGGUUACCCUUUCCAGAAGGGAGUAUUGAGCUGAAAGGAUCAGCCAGCAGAAAUCUGGACAAAUACAACUUUGCAAUUUCAGUGUUUCUCCAUGGCUGCCCCUCCUCACAGCAGCUGCAUGUGGAUGCUGGUUCUGGGUGCGUGUUUGUCACUGGCGGGCGCCACAGACUGUGGGAAAGAGUGUGCCCUGUGUGUGUACCGUCUGCUGGGACAACAGUCUGGUUUCUCCCCGCUGACAUGCUCACUUGAGUGCGAUGGUGGGUUGGACAGCCAGAAGCUCCGUCUGUGCCGGGACUUCCUGUUGGUGGAGGAAAACAUCAUCCCUCUGGACGCUGACCCGCGUGAACAGCAGGAACAGGACACAGCAGACAUCAUGAUCUCUGACAGCGAGGACGCAACAUCACCAGAACACCUGCUGGCCAAGAAGUACGGCGGCUUCAUGAAGCGCUAUGGCGGUUUCAUGGCUCGCCGUUCCUCCUCGCCAGAGGGGACGCUAGAGGAUACUGGCACCCAGGAUGAGGAGGAGAGUGUUCGCCUGGAGAUCCUAAAGCUCCUGAACGCAGCAGCAGAGCAUGGCGCCAAGGCGGAUGGUCAGGGAGGCGAGGCGGUGAAGAGGUAUGGAGGGUUCAUGCGUCGAGCUGAAAGUGGGGUCGCACAGAGCGACCUGCUGGAGGCGGUGUUAGGCCGUGGGCUCAAGAAGCGCUACGGAGGGUUCAUGAGGCGCGUGGGCAGGCCUGAGUGGCUGGUGGACAGCAGCAAGAGUGGGAGCGUGUUAAAACGGGCUUGGGAGAACGGCAGUGAGCUACAGAAGAGGUACGGGGGCUUCAUGGACUAGGAUGCCACAGUUCUGACCCUUCAAUCCCUCCAUUCCUCCAACCAAUCACCGUGUAGUCUGGACUUGGUGUCUGAAUCAGCUGCCCACUCCCUCUGCUAAUUACAUUGCAUCAUCUGGCUUUGUAUAACGUGCUGCUGCUGCUGCCUCCUUCAUUGGAUCAGUUGGUCCUGUAUUUAAAAAAAAAAAAAAAAGUUAAACAGAAACUGUACACAAAUCAUUUUUGGUUUUUGGGUUUGUUGAUAUUAUUUAUUAAAAGAAUCUGUUGAUUGAGGUGUA